UUAUAGUGGGACUGCGGCGGGCAUUCUGACACUGGGUGGGGGAACAGGCUAACUGCCACUGACAUCCCAAUGACACUAAUACAGUGAUCAGUGCUAAAAAAAAGCACUGACAUUGUACUAAUGACACUGGGCAGGAAGGGGUUAACAUGUGGGGCGAUCAAAGGGUUACCUGUGUGCUGUUUUACAUUAUGUGCUGUGUGUGUUUUAUUAGGGAAACAUGCUGCUUUGUAUUGCUCUGCUGUUUACACACAGACCUCUCCCCUUUCACUGUUCCUCAGCGAUCGCUGGGUGCCGGUGGAGAAUCUCCAGCCAGGAUCCGGU